ACUGACUUUUCAUUUUCAUGUGGUGAUUGGUGAUGGUAGUGAAAUGAUUGAUAGUAAAAUCAUAAAUUGUUAAAGUGAUGUAAAGUGUUCUUUUAACACAAUCAACUAUAAGAAACAAAUCAUGGCUGGCCGUGGAGAGAGAGGAGUCUCUAGAGUUUUAGACAAAUUGGAAGCAUCGAUUAAUUCGGGUCAAUAUUAUGAGGCACAUCAAAUGUAUAGAACAUUAUAUUUCAGAUAUCUCGGUCAAAAAAAGUAUGCGGAUCUCUUAAAUUUAUUGUACAAGGGAUCCACCUUGCUCCUCCAACGCGAUCAGCAGGGUAGUGGCGCAGAUCUGGCGAUACUUCUAGUAGAGGUUCUUAACAAAUCAGAAAUGCCUGCAUGUCAUGAGUGGAUGGAGAAAAUUGCAAAGCUAUUUGAAAUUAUGAACUCAAGUAUACCAGAACGAGAGAUAUUUCUCACAAAUGCUGUGAAAUGGUCAAUGGAUGAAAAUAAGAAAGGACAUCAUUUCCUACACAAGAAAAUUGCUGAAGUGUAUUGGAAGGAGAAGGUAUACACAGCAGCUCACAGGCACUUCCUACAUUCACGAGAUGGCGCCACUUAUGCGGCCAUGCUGAUAGAACUGCACACCACGAAGGGAUUGAAGUCCGAAAUAGAUCUGUUCAUAACCCAGGCCGUCCUGCAGUGCCUCUGUCUGAGGAACGUCAAGAUGGCUACGGACGCGUUCUAUAAAUACACAGAAAAUCAUCCAAAAAUAAAAAACGACAAAGGACCGCCGUAUUUAUUCCCAUUGCUGAACUUCCUGUGGUUUCUGUUGAAGGCCAUCGAAGAGAAGCAUGUGAUGCGAUUUAAAGUCUUACGCGACUGCUAUGCUGUCAGCAUAAAACGAGAUCCAAAUUAUUCGGUGUACCUUGACACCAUCGGCCGCAUAUGGUUUGGGAUUGGGAUUCCGCAGACCAACAGAAAUUCCAACUCAGUCAUCGGAGGCCUCCUCAAGUCCAUCAUAGGGGAUGUGGAUGGCGAUUCGUCUGAUGAGGACGGUGGUAUGAGAAAUGCAGCCAUACCAGAUCUAGAUUAGGUUUUCCCUCAAUGUAACCGAGACCGAACUGUUUGUAUAUUUGGCGAGAGUCAUUAAAUGUUGUGUUUCGACGUAAUAGGUCCUCUGUAGAAUCAAUGCUUAUUAACAUAAAAUACCUUGCGGUUUUCUUUAUAGACUUUUGCAAAUAGAUUCACAGUUGUACACGCGUUGUAAAUGAUUGUUUUUAAUGUCAUCAUAGAAUUUAAUUGUACUAUAUAGAUAAUAACAGUUUACCAUAUGUUCUAUUUGAAUUUUUAUUUAUUAAAUAAUAUUUACUACAUGUAUUUUAUGUAUUUCUUAUCUAUACUUUAAUAUAAGGAUAUGGAUUAAUAAAAUGUUUAUGCGGUGUAUAUAUAA